AUGGCCGACCUACUCCUCCAAGCCCGGGACAAGCUGAUUGAAGGCGAUGGGAUGAAUGGAGUGACUCAGGGUGUCAAUACGGCUGGACUGUUCUCCACCGGGUCUGGGAGAUCACUGGCUGUCAGCCAGAGAGCCGUAAGGAGGGCCAGGGAGUUGGUUGGGGAGGAGGUGGACGAGGCUACUAAUAACAACUACAAGAAGAGAAAGCAACCAUUUGGAGGUGAUGCUGGUCUGGAGGGUGAAUGGACAAACUUACAUGUUCCAUUUGGAGGUGAUGCGCAUAAUGAUAACUUCUUCCCAAUGUUCCAAACUGGAUCUGGUAAAGCAGUCUUGCUCAUCAAGGACUCAAUUCAGAAGGCAAGAGCUGUUCUAGAAGAAAAUGUUGAGAAUGUAGCUGGUGCCAAACAACCAAUGUUCCAUACCGGUGCGGGUAGAUCGGUCCUAGUCAGCAAGAGCUCAAUUGAUAAGGCGAGAGCUGUUUUAGGGGGUCAAAUGAUUGCAAAUGAAGGAGAUGUAGGAGGUAUGGAUGUUCCUGUGUCUCAAGCUGGUUCAGGUAGAGCUGUAUCAAUCAGUAUGGCAUCUGUACAGAAAGCUAAUGAUGUGGUAGAAGAAAAUAAUAUAAAAAUAGGAAGUGUGGAAGGUCCAGGUAGACCUAAUCAGUCUCUGAUAUUUCAAACUGGCUCUGGACGACCAGUUUUGAUCAGCAAAAGAUCCGUCGAGAGAUCUAGGGCUCUGCUGAUGGAUGAAGAUGCUGAAUUUAUUGGACAACGGGAUACUGGCUGCCAGCUCCCAAUUUUGCAAACAGGACUUGGAAGGCCUGUUGCUGUGGAACAGAGUUCAAGUAAAAAGGCAAGCACAGUUUUGGAGAAUGGAGAUAUUAAAAGAAGUGGAAAUGGAGAUACCAAUGUUUGUGCCACACCUUUCCAAUUUGAAACCCCAAAAUCCGUUUUGAUGAGUAGCAGUUUGAUUAUGAAUGACAUGACUUCUACACCAGAGGAAAAUACUUCAGUGCGAGCAGAAAAAUGUUUCAAUGAUGAUGGCCAAUUGCCAUUGUUUCAGACUGGGUCAGGGAGGUCAGUCACAGUAAGUAAGGGUUCCAUUAAAAGGGCAAGUGCUUUUCUGGAGCCAAGGAACAUUGCAAAGGAAUUGGAAGAUGAAGCUUAUCUCAAUGGUGGUUAUGCCACCUCAAUAUUUAAAACUGGAAUUGGGAAGUCUAUCUUAGCAACUGAGAACUCAAGGGAAAGGGCACAAUUUGUCUUAGAGGCUAAAGAGGCUGUAAAACAAGGAUAUGAAGACUGUGGAAGUCCAUUGCCAAUGUUUCAAACUGGAUCUGGAAAAUCUGUAUUGGUCAGUGAAAGUUCGGUGCAAAAGGCAAGAGCCGUUCUCGAGGAAGAAGAGCACUACAAGUUGGUUAAGACGGACAAAAAAAUUGCAGCCUUUGUUUCACCUCUCAAGUCAAGCCGUGCAAGAACAGUAAACGUAUCUUCAACUGGUGUUUCUCGAGCUGCUACCUUAUUGGGCUUGGAGGAGAAUACCCUUUCAACACAAUUUUUUGGACAUGUGAGUGAUAAGUUAGGUACGAAGAUAACUGUUAAGCGGGGAAAUCCAGAACACAGGCUUGAUGUUGCAUCUACAAGUGCAAUUUCUAGUGGCACUCAUAAGGGUACUUAUCCAACAGAAAACCCCACACAUAUGGAUAGACAUCAGCAGUUUGGAUUUUCUAAAAGUACUACCUCUGAUGCUGGUGAGCAUUCCAUCAGGUUCAGCACUGCAGGUGGCCGAUCAAUGGCUAUCUCUGCUGAUGCACUACAACGUGCGAGAAGCCUUUUGGGUGAUUCAGACUUAGUGGUUUCUCCAAAUGAUUCAAUAGGUCACUCUUUGACAUCAGCUACAGAGAAGCUACCAAAAUCAACUAUUUCUCCGAAAGGAGAUGUAUCUAACUUAUCGCAUGGAACUAGAGCAAUAGGAUAUGCUGUACCUGACGCCCCUUUGACUAAAAAAAGUGCUAAUCAGUUUCAUAUGGGAAGGGAAUAUCGUCCAAUCAAUGAAAUUCCAAAGGUCCCCAAGCCUCCCUCCAGAUGUUUAUCUGAAGGCAACAAUGUGAGUAAUGCUAAAGACAAGACCCAGUGGCACCAUAUGCCAGCUGGACCAUUGGUUGACAUCACUAACUACAUGGCUACAUGUUCUGGAAAUACGGACCGCUUAGCAAAUGGAAAGAGAAUAAUCGGGGGAAGAAACUCCAUAUCUCCAUUCAAACGGCCCCGUUCUUCCAGGUUCAUCACGCCAAUAAAAAACAACAAACUAUCUUCUGCUGGAGAAUCCAUAGUGCCACCAAUGCAGAUCAGUCCCUGUAGGACAAUGCUAUCUGCACGUUAUCCUUUCCAACAUCAAAGGAAAAAUUACAAAGAAUAUUUUGGUGGUCCUCCUUGCUUCAAAUAUUUGACUGAACAUGUAACUGAUGAUGUGAAGCUCAUGGAUGCAAGAAGAGCUGAGAAGUUUAGGUUUCAGCAUACGGCUACUGGUGCAGAAGAGUUUCAGAAAAUGCUGCUCACAUGUGGUGCUUCAUUGUCAUGUGCAACUAAAGAAUGGGUCAGUAACCACUAUAAAUGGAUUGUGUGGAAGCUUGCUUCACUUGAGAGAUGCUACCCAACUAGAGCUGCUGGUAAAUUCUUGACGGUUGACAAUGUUCUUGAGGAGCUUAAGUACCGGUAUGACAGAGAAGUGAAUCAUGGUCAUCGGUCAGCAAUAAAGAAAAUUUUAGAAGGGAAUGCUUCACCAUCUUUGAUGAUGGUCUUGUGCAUUUCAGCUAUUUACUCUUGUCCUGACCAAAAUAACAAUAAGUUGGAGGUUAAUAAGGUAGAUACUAAUGAAGAUAACAAUGACAACCAAAGCUUGUCAGCCACUAAUAGAAACAUGUCUGCAAAUAUUGAAUUAACUGAUGGAUGGUAUUCACUUGAUGCAUCAUUGGAUAUCACACUUUUGGAACAACUAGAGAAAAAAAAGCUUUUUGUAGGGCAGAAGCUUCGGAUAUGGGGAGCUUCUUUAUGUGGUUGGUCUGGGCCUGUGUCAUUUCACGAGGUGCCUGGUAUUGUCAAAUUAGCUGUUCACAUAAAUGGCACCUAUCGUGCUAGAUGGAAUGACACCUUAGGAUUCUGCAAGCAUGUUGGACUCCCACUGGCAUUCAGGUGCAUAAAAACUUCUGGUGGUAGAGUUCCUAGGACACUGGCUGGAAUCACAAGGAUAUAUCCUGUUCUCUACCGGGAAAGGUUGCCUGAUGGUCGUUCUGUUGUGAGAUCUGAAAGGAUGGAAAGAAAGGCGCUGGAACUAUACCACCAGAGAGUAUCUAAGAUCACAGAAGAUAUUCUGUUUGAACAACAAGAAAACUGUGACAGUACUGAUGAUAACGAGGAAGGGGCUAAAAUUUUCAACAUGCUAGAGCAUGCUGCUGAACCUGAAUUUAUACUUGCGGGCAUGGCUCCGGAGCAGUUGAAGCUUUUCUCAUCUUAUAUAGAAAAGCGAAAGAUUGUUAAGCAAAACGAAGUAUCUAAGAAGGUUGAGAAGGCCCUUGAAGUUGCUGGCCUUAGUAAAAGGGAUGUUACACCAUUUUUGAAAGUGAGAGUGAUUGGCCUUGUCAAUAAACAUUCAGCUUCCACAUCCAGUAACAAGGAAGGGCUAAUAACAAUUUGGAAUCCUACUGAGAUGCAGAAACAUAAUCUUGUGGAGGGACAAGCUUAUUCUGUUAUGGGAUUGGUGCCUUCGAACUAUUGCACUGAAAUCCUGUACUUGCAUGCUAGAGGAUCAUCUACAACAUGGAAGCCCUUAGCAUCAGCUCAGACUACAGAUUUUAAACCAUUCUUUACCCCUCGUAAAGCAAUUGAACUCUUGAAAUUUGGUGAGGUGCCAAUUUCAAGUGAAUUUGAUAUUGCAGGUCUUAUUUUAUAUGUUGGCAAUACUUAUUUAUGUAGCAACAAGAAAAAGCAGUGGCUCUUUUUAACAGAUGGAUCUAAAUUUAUCUCUGGACAAGGGUGUGAAGAGCAAGAUUGUCUUCUAGCUGUUAGCAUUUCGUCCGCACCCACUGAUGAAGACUCUGCAUUAUUUAGUUAUACUCUCUCUGGAAACACAGUUGGUUUUAGUAAUCUGGUCAAACGACAGAAAGACGAGACGAGGCAAAUAUGGGUAGCUGAGGCAACAGAGAUCUCAAGCUACACUCUUUCCAAUGAGAUUCCUAGAAAAUCUCACCUAAAAGAAGCUGCAGCUGCGGCUGAGAGAUGGGCUUCAAGAUCUUAUCAUAGAAUAAACAACUAUGAUGCAUACUUCACAGUAUGCAAAGGACAAGGAGAUAAAUAUUCUUCAGAAGGGCUUGCUAUUUUGGGCUGGACAGACCAGAGUUCAACUCCACUCACAUGGGAACUCUCAAGCCUCAACGUGUACCCCUUCUGGCUUACAUGA